AUGAAAAGUGCACGAGAUAGUGAUUAUAUACCUGUAAAUACUAGUGUUGACGAACAAAUAAAUACACUUUCAUUUAAGCCACAUAUAACACAACGUUUAACUCAACUUGAACAUCCAAAAACUUCACUUGAUCAUGAAAUAUUUCAUACAUUAAGAGAAUCAUAUGAUGAUCGUUCAUCACCAACAGCAAGAUCAGUAACAUCAUUAACGAAUAUUGAUUAUGCACUUUGGCUUGAAGCUGGUAAACAUGCACAUAAACCAACAUAUGCUAAAAGUCUUGAUGGAAAACCACCAAUUAAUUAUAAUAUAUGGAGAAAUUAUCGUCAUUAUUAUACUGGUAUAAAUAAUAAUAGUACACGUCGUGUUCAUAGUCAAUCACGAUUAAAUGAAGAAGCAGCAUUUAAAUAUCCAAUUAUAAUUCCAGCACCAUCACAACUUGGUGAAAAUCAUUUAAGACAAUUUUUUGAAGCUAAUAGAAAAGAACUUUUUCAAAAUCAAUCUCAUUUUCGUAUGGCACUUGUACAAGCUGAUAAUGAUGAAAAAAUGUUACGUAUGUUAAGUUUAAAAAGUCAGCAACGAAAUCCACCGAUAUCGUCAGGUAAAAAAGAAAUUUAA